GCAGCGUAUCCGCGUCAAGAUUUCUCAUUUCUGCCCGAACAACUUUCCGAGAACUUCUCUUGCUCAAUUUUCUUCGUCUCAAACGUAAACAACAAGUUGUCAAUGGGUUGGUUAAAGCCUUGAAGGGAGAGUGAAAGACGGGCCUGCAUCAUGGCGAUGGCGGCGGUCGGUGCCGGCACGGUGGAGCUGGUGGACGCGGCCCUGGCCCCGUACGCGCACCCGGACCUCAGGUGGCUCGUCCGCCAGCACGUCUUCGCCGUGCUCCACGACUUCCCCUCCCUGUCGCCGUCCGUCGACACCUACACCAGCGACCGCGGCGAGUCCACCGUGCUGCUCAACGCGCGAGGGCUCCUCGCCGUCUCUCCCGCCCUGCCGCCGCUCCUCCUCACCCUAUGGCUGCCCAGGGAGUACCCCUUCCGGCCGCCCCUCAUCUACGUCUUCCCCACCGCGCCGCCGGCGUCCCUCGUCCCGGACCACCCCUUCGUCGAUCAUCGCACCGGCCGCGUCCGCCGCACGCUGCCGUACCUUGACGACUGGCGCGUUCCGGGCUCCAGUCUCACCGGCCUCGUGCGGAGCCUUGUCGGGGCCUUGAGGAUGUGCCACCCGCUGACGUCCUUCGGCUUCGUCGACGUCACAACGUCCAAAGCGAGGCCGGAGGACACGACGCUGGUUGACGUGCUGGCCGCGAGGCUGCACAGGGACAGGGCCGCCUUCCGUGGCCUCGUCGACCAGGACAUACAUGGCAUGUCCUCGGUGCAAGACAGCCUCCGCGCACGGGCCAACGCCAUGGGCCGCGCCGUCCGCGAGCUCGAGGAUGAGAGGAUGCGACUGGAGCGCGCCGUGACGGCCAGCCUUAUCCAUCGCGACCAGCUGCGCAGCUGGUUGCGGCAGGCAAGCCACGUGACCGAUGCCGAAGCCGUACUGGAACCACUGGCGGCAGCGGGAGACGCGCCGCGGUGGUUGGAGAGCAAGGCGUCGGAGCUCGCCGUGGACGACGCCGUGGACGCCCUUGGCCACGCUCUGGAGAAUGGAGCGCUCAGCUUCCAGGAAUACAUCAGGCGCGUCAAGAUCCUCGCGAGAGAGCAGUUCUUCCAUUGCUAUGCAGCAUCCACCGCGUUGAGCAAUCGAUAGUAUGUAGGAACAAAUAUUUAAGUAGUGAUGAUUUUACUUUAGUUAGUAUUAUGUCGUACAGAACAUCUUUCGUAUUUUGUUUUAUUUGGUACACACCGUACAUUAUUAUAGUCGUGGUUGAUCUUGUAUUCACCUUGUUUUCAAUACUUGUCAUUUUCCUUGGGGAAGUUCCAUUACCUAAUGAACUCUUCGCUUUCCCUAAUUUUGACACUGAA